AUGCCCAAGGGUCGUUUUCCCGAAGUUGAGGUAGUAAGAUCAACAAAAGAAUCGGUGGUGAUACCAAAACACGACAAGAUAUUCGUGGUUCACGGUAUUCCUAGAAUAAUUAAGACAAAUAACGGAUCUCCGUUCAUAGCGUCGGUACGCUAUGUAGAAACAUUGGGAACCAAACUUGAAUUCUCAACCCCAUUAUGGCGUCAAAGCAACGCCGAAGCGGAACGGUUCAUACAAGUACUCGGUGCAGGAGGCGUUGAAAAUAGCAAACAUACAACAACGACCUUAGAAGCAGGAACUGGGUCGUUUCUUGCUACAUUAUACCGAUCAUCGCCGCAUUGCGCAACGGGAGUACCACCGGCAGAAAUUUAA